GUGAAUGAGAGAAGUAGUAGGUGUAUUGGCCAAAUCAACCGAAUGGAGUCGUACAGAGGUACCCCAGAGCCGCCGCAGUCCACUGAGGACGAAGCCAUCCAGCGCCUGGCGGCUGAAAUCUUGCAUGACAUUGACUCGUAUGGAGCGGGCGAUGAGGCCAUGUUGACGGAAGACGGUGUCCAGCAUCUUGUCACGGCCUAUGUCGAGCGCAGCGGCAUCAUGUCUCCAGUGCUACCGCCGCCAUAUGGUGCUCCGCCAAGCCAUGAACCACCACCACCACCGUCACCCCAGUCAUCUUCAAUCUCAUCGUUCCAAGUCUACCAAACCAACGUUCAGCUCUUUCAGGAUAUGCGAAGCCAACGGGAGACUCAAUUCAGCAAGCAUUUGACGGCUGUCAUCCAACGCGAUCGGGCCAGUUCGAGUAGCAGCAGCAGCGACAGCGGGUCCUCGUCCGGGUAUUCCUCUGACGACGACCACGAGGCCGACUCCACCCGACCGCCCGCCACCGUCGAUGCCGCCAUCCCACCCACAGACGUGGCGUGCCAAACCGACCAACUCGGCAAUGUAUCAUCGGCCACAAAGGAUUCGCCGAAGAUUCGUCUGGAGUGUUCCCAUCGAGAUGCCCAAGUCCAAGCCAACAUGGCGUCAGAGUCUACUUCUAUGGACACGUCAUCGCAGGUUGGAUCGAUCCAACCAUGCUGUCAUUUCCCGUGCAAUGUGUAUGUGCAGUCCAAACGCGAAGCCUGCCACAUGUCAAUUCAAACCAAUCGCUUAAUGCUAAAAGAGGUUGGAAUCACGACAUUGCCCUUGUCCGUGCGAGAUUGUGGCACCGCUAUGAGCCCCAAAAGCGCCUUUGUAGCCCUGUUAAAGACCAAAGUGAUGACCCCAGCCUCCAGUCCUCGCGAUUUUGAGCUCGAUCUGUCCAAUUUGAACUGGCGCCUUCCUGCUGUACCGUAAAGUACUUGACGCAGCCCCAAUUCCGUACAUAAUUCGAGCGUCGAACAAGUUGAUUGAUUGAGUGUAAGAGUGCUCUAACUACUGUACAGUGUACGUACAGUAUGCGUCGAGCAGCAGAACUUGGUAUUUUUACAAAACGUGGCGCAAAUGUACACAAAAAACAACUUGAUUGUUGUAUGCACAGGUUAGAGCAACCCAAAGCCUUCGGAUUGGCUGAUGGCAAUCAGCAGUCGCUCUUUUAACUUGUCCAUACUCGAGUAUUCCGGCAGCAGCAAAUGGUUAAAGCAUGUGUGGGCAGUGGGCAAUCUACCACCAUCGGUUAUGAUUCCCAAUUUCAUCCUUUUUAUCCAAAAUACACCCAAAAUUUAGAGUUUAUUCGUUCCCAUAGGCUAAGAAACUCCAAAUAAAACACAUAU